AUGCCCGUGUCGUUCGUUGGCCCGCCGUCGACGCGGGCGGCAUCCACACCUGCCUAAAGCGGCCUAUAAAUCCAUCCUUCCAUUCCCCAAGAACCAUCAAACCCACACAGAUAGCUCUGUAGCGAGUCCCAAAGAGAUCGAUCCAAGCAAGCCAUGAUGAGAUCCUGCCUCUCCCUCGCCCUCCUCGUCGCCCUGAGCGCCGCCGGGUGCGCCGCGGCGCAGGCGGCGGACUACGACUUCUUCUACCUCGUGCUGCAGUGGCCGGGGUCGUACUGCGACACGAAGCAGAGCUGCUGCUACCCGCGGUCGGGGAAGCCGGCGGCGGACUUCGGGAUCCACGGCCUCUGGCCCAACCGCGACGACGGCUCCUACCCGCAGAACUGCAACCCCGCCAACGCCUUCGAUCCCUCCAAGGUGAGCGACCUGCUGAGCAGCCUGCGCACGGAGUGGCCGACGCUGGCGUGCCCGACGAGCGACGGCCUCCAGUUCUGGGCGCACGAGUGGGAGAAGCACGGCACCUGCGCGCAGAACCUCUUCAACGAGCACGGCUACUUCCAGACGGCGCUCCACCUCCGCGACCAGCUCCGCGUCCUCGACGCCCUCACCGCCGCGGGCGUCUCCCCCGACGGCGGCUACUACACGCUGAGCGCCAUCAAGGGCGCCAUCCAGCAGGGGACCGGGUUCGAGCCCUUCGUUGAGUGCAACCGCGACGAGUCCGGCAACAGCCAGCUCUACCAGCUCUACUUCUGCGUCGACGCCAACGCCUCGGGCUUCGUCGAGUGCCCCGUCCAGCCCGGCGGCAGGCCCUGCGGCAACAGGGUCGAGUUCCCGACCUUCUGAUGCGCCCAUUUCCUUUUCCCCUCAAAGUUCAAAGGCUCGUGAUGUUAAUGAAGACAAAUGUAUAUCUUGAAAUGGUGUAAACAUGUGGAGGGAGCCGAUUGUUAUUUCAUAUUCAGAUAAACAAGGAGCAAUACUCUCUUUUUUUGU